UUACUAUGAAAUUGAAUAACCAUUUCAGAUUCAUACAUAUUGAGAGAAAUUUUCUUACCAAAAUUAAUAUAACUAUAAAGUAUAGUGCGCUACCUUAAUCAUGAAUUCUAGAAGAUUAAUUCAUGUACUUUGGUGUUUCAAUCUGUAUGUAGCAUGUACAUUCAUUCAUGUCUCAAGUGAGAAUAUCUAUAACUCAAAAAAAUGUGUGUACCCUGCAAUUUACAACUUUGGUGAUUCAAAUUCAGAUACUGGAACUGUAUAUGCAACAUUCACUGGUGUUCAACCUCCUAAUGGUAUAAGCUUCUUUGGAAACAUCUCAGGAAGAGCUUCUGAUGGCCGUCUCAUCAUUGAUUUUAUCGCUGAAGAAUUGAAGCUACCAUACCUCAGUGCAUAUCUGAACUCAGUUGGAUCAAAUUACAGGCAUGGUGCAAACUUUGCAGUUGGAGGCGCAUCGAUUCGUCCUGGUGGUUAUAGUCCAUUCCAUCUUGGUCUUCAAGUAUCUCAAUUUAUAUUGUUCAAGUCACACACCAAAAUUCUCUUCAAUCAACUCUCUAACAACAGGACAGAACCACCUUUCAAAAGUGGUCUUCCAAGGCCUGAGGAAUUUUCCAAGGCCCUUUACACAAUUGAUAUAGGACAAAAUGAUCUUGCCUAUGGUUUUCUGCACACUUCAGAAGAACAAGUUCAAAGGUCAAUUCCUGAUAUCUUGAGCCAAUUCUCCGAAGCAGUAAAAGAACUAUACAAUGAAGGUGCAAGAGUGUUUUGGAUUCAUAACACAGGUCCAAUUGGAUGUUUACCCUUCAAUUACUUAUCUUAUGAGCCUAAGCAGGGUAACAUAGAUGCUAUUGGCUGUGUAAAACCUCAGAACAAAAUUGCUCAAGAAUUUAACAAGAAGUUAAAGGAUCAAGUGUUUCAACUAAGGACGAAACUUACAUUAGCCAAAUUUACAUAUGUUGAUAUGUACAAAGCAAAAUAUGAACUAAUCAGCAAUGCAAGGAGCCAAGGUUUUGUGAAUCUGUUGAACUUCUGUUGCGGAAGUUACACUGGUUACCGCAUAAAUUGUGGCACUAAAGAAAUGAUAAAUGGAACUGUGAAUACAAAUCCAUGUACAAAUCCUUCACAACAUAUUAUUUGGGAUGGAAUACACUAUUCUCAAAGAGCAAAUCAAUUGAUUGCUAAAAAGAUCACCUAUGGCUCCUUCUCUGAUCCACCAGUUUCAAUUGGGAAGGCAUGCUUAUGAGUUCCAUAAUCCAACGGACAUGCACUGAAUUGAAGACCAUGCACAUGAGUAAGAACAAACUCCGAUAUUUCUGAGCAAAGACAUGUUCGUUAACUCUGAUAUGUCAGUAUCGUGUCUGAAUUGUAUAGUGAGCAAAUCAUAAUGUUCUUACUUCACUUUAGAGAUAUCAGGGCACUUUGCCUGGAUUGAUUAAUAGAUAUCACAACUUGUCUACUUUCGGAGAACGUGUCAAAAUUGGCUGAACUCUAUUAUAAAAUCGCUGUGUCGUUUUACUGUGUCUAACUCUUUAUCUUGAUAUUUUGGUUUCUGUUUCAAACAAUUACCAUGUAGAGCAUGUGUAACGUCUGCAACAUAGUGAUUUGCUCAUAACUUCAUUUAUAUAAGGAUUUAAUUGGUA